AUGAACAUUUGCGUUUCCUUUAGUAAAAUAUUUAAAUUAUGGCGAUUAGAAAUUUUCAGAAGAUCCUAUCUAUAUUGUUAUUACUGGUUGGAAUGUUUGAAGCAGGUUUGCACAGUUUCCCCUCAUGUCAUCCUGGUAUUAUGAAACUAUUUCAUUGGUGUGAACAGUCCGAGUGUAGAGACAAUUGCACGUGUAUAUCAACAAAUCGUGUGUGCAAACAGAUCUGUGGGCAACCUGUUUGUGGAGUAAUGACUUGUAGUUCACCAAACACUUGCUUUCAAAGUGUACUUUUAAACCAAGAUAAUCAUUUACCCCAAAUUAAUAAAAUAUUGUCUCAUUCACCGAUCGCACAACAAGAUUGUUCUCAAGGAAAUUGUAAACUGUUAAAAGCUAUUCGUUAUUAUAGCACACACACUAAGACGUUUCAAAGUUGCUCAGAAGGUAACUGUGACCAUGUGUAUUCCUCAGGUGACCAUGCCAAACAGUUUUGUGGUAAUUGCAAAAAAAUGACAUGUACAGGAAGUCAUGCUGAGAAUUGCACUCAACUUUGCGUCUUGGGACAUUGUAAACAAAUGACAUGCAACGCAAAACACUGUAAACAGUUAUGCGCACAUCAAAGCACGUGUAAUAUGACUUGUGGCGCGAACACAGAUAUUUGUGAACAAACAUGCAGUCAUGGAAGUACGUGUAUACUUAAUUGUAAUAGUGACGUUUGUAACCAGACAUGUAGUGACAAAAAACGAUGUACUGUGCAGAAUUUACGAACAACUACACUUUCACCAACAACUAAGGCAAAAGAAACAACUUCUACAUCCACGCCACCAGUAAGUACAUACGCCCAAAAUGUUACUACAACGAGAAUAGACAAUGAAAUUGUGUCGGUAGAAAUUGAACAUCCUAAUGAUGUUAGCCUGAGAUAUGUUUCUACUUCGCCUUCUUUAUUCAAACUAACUUAUAAUGCAGCCUGCAUGUAUUUGGUUGUAUUUGGCGUUCUUCAUCUAUAUGUUUGAUAAUCAUGUCAAAAUAAUUAUUAUCCGCAAUGCUACAAAUCUCGUUUAUAUUUUAGCUGACUUUCUGCAAGGACAUUUUCUUUUCUUUUAGCAAAAAAACAAAAAGUUUGUUUUUGAUACGUUCGUUAUACCUACUUCUCUUUCGUUCGUUUUUUAGUUUUCUUUUUUUUCCUGUAUAUAAAUUAUGUAUGUUAUUGUAUAUAAGAUAUCGAAAUUUUAGAAUAGCAGUAUUUAUGCUUUGUGCAAUUUUUUUUACGAUUGUCAAUAUUAGUUCAAAUUAAAAAAAUGAUUAUUAUAUUCUUUACAACGAUUUUGCGCAUGAAAUAUUUGGUUGGAGUCUGUCGGAGCUAUUAAUCGAUUGAGAGUGGAUUCAGCAAAUUUUAAAAUUAAGAUUCGUGGCAAUCGCGCCUUGAAGUUGAAAAGUGGCCUUGUAGGAUUUAUAAGAAAGUAGAAGGUAGCAACUUGUUUUUUGUCAGAUUUGUGAGCAUUGGGUAGAUAAGAAGUGCACUGGUAUUUCAGGAAGGUAAAGAGCUGACAUUCAGUUUGUAUGUAAGUGUUGCAAGGGUGAUAUUAUAAACAACAAAAUAUUGUUUAGCCUCAGUGAUGUACAGCAGUGACUUAACAGGGAUAGUUGAGAAGUUCUAUUAUUUAAGUGUAUUUGGGUUGCAAAGGGGUACUGAAAGGAGUGUCAUUAGUAUGAUAGGUUUUGCACAGAAAAAGUUUGGAUUUACUUCCUCUGUUGACUUACAAAGUCUGGUCUGGUAAAAAGUAGGUCGAAUGAGGCCUGAAUAAGAAUUGCUAUGUUAUACAGAAGAAAGAUAUCAGCAGUGAAGCAGGAAGAUCUCAAAUUACAGGCUAGACAUUCACAUUAAUACCGUGAAAAAAAAUUCAUGCGAAAUUUUAAGGUGUAGCCGAUCUACAAAAAUUAAUUCCUGUUUUUAUAGGUUUUCAAGACAAUCUUUCCAAUUUAUACAAAAUACAAGAACUAGAAAAUACAAAAACUGAACUUAUAGUCCACGCGCUCUUAACGGUUGAUCACCACAUUUGCCUUAGAGGGUUUAAAUAUCUUGCUUUAUGGUUUGCAUAGAGUGGAGGGGAGAAAUAUUCAGCAGGCUAGAUAGUGAGAAAAUGAAUCCAAGGAUAAAAAAACAAUUUCCUCAAAAUUGACAUUAAAGAAUCCAAUAUAUUACAUAGCUGAGAAUAUUUUCCCGUGAUACCUUACCAAAAUUUCCGUGAUGCAGAGCCAGACCCAAACAAAGUUUCCCAAACUUCCCUGGAAUUUGUUUCACCAUCUACAUGAACAAAUUUUUGUCAUAUUCUUACGUUCCAGGGACAAAUGCUGGCCAGACCAGUAUUUUUUAGUCCUUAAAAAAGCUCGUAUAAUGGUGCUGUUCUUACCUAUUAAUUUUGCUGGUCAAUUAUUUGUUAAAUCUUCACACUGGUGUUCUAUUCGAAGCGUCAGGUAAAUCCGCGAAUGUUUGAAACAACAUAUACUGACAAUCCACGAAUAAAAAUAUAGCAAAGACGAUUAUUUCUUUAACAACAAAGGCUUAAACUAACUUAACCCUAAAACACAGUCUUUGUGAGGCGCUGCAUCUCGCGAAAUGACGCAUGUUUGUUUACAUC